AUGUGUCUUGCCAAUAAAGAAAUUUGUUGUGGAACCGUAGUUAAAGUGAAUACAAAACAAACCACGGAUGAGACCAACUAUGGCGUUCCUCGCAAAUCACAUGUUGGUCAUAUUCAAGCUGUUCAGGACUUGGCUUUGUCCUCUGACGAUCCAUUUGCUUUGUCUGUUUCCUGGGACGAAACCAUACGUCUUUGGGGCUUGACUACUGGCGAUGUUAUUCGCUGUUUUAUGGGUCCCGAAAGCGAGACUACUCUGGGUGAAUGCAAAUACACUAUCAAAGAUAAUAAUCCUGACAAUUGGGUCACUUGUGUUCGCUUUUUAUCUAACUCCUUAUUUGUGUCUGGUGGCUGGGAUACGCAGGUCAAGGUAUGGGAUCUCACCACCUUGAAAUUGCGUGCCAACUUUAUCGACCCAUAAUGGCUGUGUUCAUACAGUCGUUACCGCUUCCGAUGGUACAACACUCUACUCUGGACAUUCUGAUAAUUUGAUUCGCGUUUGGCAAGUCGUUGAUACUCUAUAAAGAAAUGAAAAUCAUCUAUUAUAACUUGCGUAUCAUAUAUUUUUUAUUCUUAGCAUGCAAAUUUAUAUAAUAAAAUAG